GCGUCACAAGCGGAAGGUCACGGAGCAGCAGAAACGGAACGGAAGCGGGAGUAAAGCGCCGAUCCGCCAUUGUGGAAUAUGGUGAGGGAUAUUCCAGUAAGGCACUAGUCAGUUUCAGAUUGACUAAUAAACCACCCUCUGUGGCUGGAUCACACACGACCGCUGACGCCGCGUAUCUGCAGACACACAGCCGCCGUUUGUAAAGGAGCCAAAGACGAACAGCACGAUCGUCGUCGUCGUCAGGUUUUGACCACGGGAGGGGAAAAAAACGCUGCCUUGUAACGUUAACAGAGUGAUUGGAGCAGCCAGGAGACGGGCCAGGAAAGCGGCGAAGUGUAGAGACACAGACAGGCAGAAGGAGAGAGAGGAAGCGGGGGGCAGUAUUACAAACAGCGAACACUUUCGGUUCCUGGAUGAUGUCUGCGACCACGGUGGAUCAGAGACCCAAAGGACAAGGAAAUAAAGUACAAAACGGAUCAAUGCAUCAAAAGGAUGGUGUGAAUGAUGAUGAUUUUGAGCCUUACUUAAGCGGCCAGACAAAUCAGAGUAACAGCUAUCCACCAAUGUCUGACCCGUACAUGCCCAGCUAUUAUGCUCCAUCCAUCAGUUUCCCUUACUCCCUUGGAGAGGCUGCUUGGUCUACAGCAGGAGACCCUCCAAUGCCCUACCUUACAACCUAUGGACAGAUGAGCAAUGGUGAGCCACACUUUAUCCCUGACGGUGUCUUCAGUCAGCCAGGAGCCCUGGGCAACACCCCUCCAUUCCUCGGUCAACAUGGCUUCAAUUUUUUCCCUGGAAAUGCGGACUUUUCCACCUGGGGUACCAGUGUCUCUCAGGGACAGUCCACACAGAGCUCAGUCUACAGCAAUAGCUACGGGUACGCCCCGAGCUCACUGGGCCGAGCCAUCACGGACGGACAAGCGGGUUUUGGUAGUGACACUCAGCUCAGUAAAGUUCCAGUGCUGAAUAGUAUUGAGCAGGGAAUGGCAGGAUUGAAACUGGGUACAGACAUGGUGGCAGCUGUCACCAAAACUGUGGGCUCACCUUUAGGAGGCACUGCAGGUAUGACCAGCAUGGCAGCCAAUAACCUCCCUCCUUCUGUCAGCUCGUCAGCACCUAAACCUGCCUCCUGGGCAGCCAUUGCCAAGAAGCCAGCCAAACCACAACCCAAGGUCAAACCCAAAGCCAACAUGGGGAUGGGUGGAAUCGCCACUAUUCCUCCACCCCCCAUAAAGCACAAUAUGAACAUUGGUACUUGGGAUGAUAAGGGCCCUCUUAAUAAGCCCCCCUUAGCUCAGACUAUGAUGCCUCCACAGCCCUUAGUCCAGCAGCCUCUCCUUGCCCAGGCCCAACCCUUGCUGCAGAACCCAUUGCCACCUCAGCCUCAACACCAGCCCCAACACCAACCCUUCCAGCUUCAAUCCCUUCAUUCCCCACAACACCCCCAACCUCUUGCUCCUGGUCCUCCACACCUCCACCUUUCCUCUCAGCCUGGCCCCCCACAAUCCCUUCAUCAUCAGCAACAUCCUCAGCAGCCCGGCCCGCCUCCCAACCGCUGGGUGGCUCCAAGGAACAGAGGUGAAGGCUUUGGUUUGUGUGGAGGAAUCCCACUUAGUGCCUCCCCUUGUUCUGGAGAAGUGCAUCCUGUGCUGGAGAAACUUCGUGCCCUCAACAACUACAAUCCCAAAGACUUUGAUUGGAACUUGAAAAAUGGACGUGUUUUCAUUAUCAAGAGCUACUCGGAAGACGACAUCCACCGCUCAAUCAAGUAUUCCAUCUGGUGCAGUACAGAACAUGGCAACAAGCGCUUGGAUGGUGCCUACCGCUCACUGGGCAACAAGGGGCCCCUGUACCUGUUGUUCAGUGUCAACGGCAGUGGGCACUUCUGCGGUGUGGCCGAGAUGCGCUCACCGGUGGACUACAAUGCCUACGCAGGCGUCUGGUCUCAGGACAAGUGGAAGGGCAAGUUUGAGGUGAAGUGGGCUUUCAUCAAAGACGUGCCCAACAACCAGCUGCGGCACAUCCGGCUGGAGAACAAUGACAACAAGCCAGUGACCAACUCCAGGGACACUCAGGAAGUGCCUCUGGAAAAGGCCAAACAAGUGCUUAAAAUAAUCGCCACUUACAAGCAUACCACCUCAAUCUUUGAUGAUUUUGCACAUUACGAGAAACGUCAGGAAGAAGAAGAGGCAAUGAGGAAGGAGCGCAAUAGAAAUAAGCAGUAACCUUCAAGCAAGCCCUCUGCUCCAACUGCAACAUUAAUGAUGUAGGACCUUAAAUCAGAUUGGCCUAACUGGGAGAAAACAGAGGAACAGUCUCUCGAAAUCUUUUCUGCUGAUGACAAGAUGACAAUGUAUCCGAACACUUAAAACACGACAGUAGACGAACUUAUCUGUAUCCAUCGGUGCGUCAAAGCCUGUGUUCCCGUCUCACAUGAUAAACAAAACCACUGAGAACACACCUUCAAGCACUUUGACUCCUCUACCAACACCCUUAACUCUCUAACCCUCUGUUACUCUCUCCGAUUUUGUUUGUGAUCAUUUAACUGACUAACCAGAAUAGUCGGAUGAUUUCACCAGGCUUCUUUGUAAUUUUUUUAAUGCCUCAAAUGUUUGGGAUAUAGGCGAGCUUCAUUGCAGCUCCCAAAGAGAAAUUAAAAUAUCACGUAUAAAUUAAUCUUAUACUUGAAUCUGUGUUUAGCCGCCUAAUUGACAGGUUGGAUGAAAUCAUUGGGAUGUGGCCACAGUCCUGCCAAUUAUGGGAUGUAUCCUCUUUAUCUCUACUUGUCCCUUUCCUUUGUGCAUCUAUUUCUGUGUACCAAAAGAAUACAGUGAUACAGAAGGUCGACCAGCGCCGGCCAGUGCACACUUUUGUUUCUUUUUUGUUUUUGUUUUGUUUUCCUGGCUCUCUCUUGUGAUUCUGUCAUUCUGAAGUGCAUUUGUCUGAGGAGAAACCUGCUGCUCUGAUAGGAGGCUGUGGGUGAGUGUGUCUGCUCUGAUGUUGGUGAACUCGACUGUACCUCAGGCUCAAUCAGACUGUCUGUCCUCAACAACUCUUAGCACUUUCGGGAGAAAUCCCUCCACCCCACACCCCUCCUGCUUGGUUCGUAUGGGACUCGGCCCCCAGAAGAGACGGCAGGACAUCAACUGUAAGGAUGUGACAGUUUUCUCCUCUAGGUGACUCACGAGCUAAAUAAAAAUUACCCAUGUUUAGCGCAA